AUGUGGAACGCGACGCUGAUGGAGGAGCCGGGCCCCAACCUCACGCUGCCGGACCUGGGCUGGGACGCGCCCCCCGACAACGACUCGCUGGCGGACGAGCUGCUGCCGCUCUUCCCCGCGCCGCUGCUGGCGGGCGUCACGGCCACCUGCGUGGCGCUCUUCGUGGUGGGCAUCGCGGGCAACCUGCUCACCAUGCUGGUGGUGUCGCGCUUCCGCGAGCUGCGCACCACCACCAACCUCUACCUGUCCAGCAUGGCCUUCUCCGACCUGCUCAUCUUCCUCUGCAUGCCCCUCGACCUCGUGCGCCUCUGGCAGUACCGGCCCUGGAACUUCGGCGACCUGCUCUGCAAACUCUUCCAGUUCGUCAGCGAGAGCUGCACCUACGCCACGGUGCUCACCAUCACCGCGCUGAGCGUCGAGCGCUACUUCGCCAUCUGCUUCCCGCUGCGGGCCAAGGUGGUGGUGACCAAGGGCCGCGUGAAGCUGGUCAUCCUGGUCAUCUGGGCCGUGGCCUUCUGCAGCGCCGGGCCCAUCUUCGUGCUGGUGGGCGUGGAGCACGAGAACGGCACCGACCCGCGGGACACCAACGAGUGCCGCGCCACCGAGUUCGCCGUGAGCUCGGGGCUGCUCACCGUCAUGGUGUGGGUGUCCAGCGUCUUCUUCUUCCUGCCCGUCUUCUGCCUCACCGUCCUCUACAGCCUCAUCGGCAGGAAGCUGUGGCGCCGGCGGCGCGGCGAGGCCGUGGCCAACUCGCUCAGGGACCAGAACCACAAGCAAACAGUGAAAAUGCUGGCUGUCGUGGUGUUUGCUUUCAUCCUCUGCUGGCUGCCCUUCCACGUAGGACGAUACUUAUUUUCCAAGUCUUUCGAGCCUGGCUCCCUGGAGAUUGCUCAGAUCAGCCAAUACUGCAACCUGGUGUCCUUUGUCCUCUUCUACCUCAGCGCUGCCAUCAAUCCUAUUCUGUACAACAUCAUGUCCAAGAAGUACCGGGUGGCAGUGUUCAAACUUUUGGGAUUCGAACCUUUCUCCCAGAGGAAGCUCUCCACCCUGAAGGAUGAAAGUUCUCGGGCCUGGACAGAAUCUAGUAUUCAUACAAGACCGAACACAUCGCUGAGCAGAGUCAUCGCUUACUAUUCUGCACUGGAGACCAUAGCACAGCAGAACUUGGGAGGAAGUUGA